AAAUUUUUUUCCUCUUUCUUUUUUCUUGGUAUAUGGAUGAAAUGACAAAGCCAUUGAAAAUUCACACACAUAAAGUGAAGUGAACUUCAAUCAUGACGUCCAAGAUAACAAUUUUGACAUUUGUAACGGUUGAGUCAGAAUUUGUAGAGUGUCUUCCCAUUUCUUUCUCUAGACAAAAUCGAAAAAAAUGGAAAGAUGAACGAAACAAAUACAAAGCCAUUACAAAUUCCAUGCUAGUAGGGUUCACAUCACCAUCAUUAAUUCAGUGUCAUAUCAUCUUCCAUUCUCUAGAAUUCAGCUUUCGAUGGCGGAUGAAGAAAACAACGCAGUAACAUACACAGUCAAAAUCACAGUCACACUCACCAUUCCUCCUCCAGAAACACAACCGAGUACUUUGGAUGUUAAUGCCGAAACGGUGCCAUUCAAGGCUGAUGAAGCGGCACAAGCCAUGAAUGUUGCCACCGAAAUUAUAGUGUUAAGCGACGACGAUGAUGAUUCGGUUAAAGGUGAUGACGUGGUAGCAAUAGAGGAAUCUGAUACUGAUCAAGGAAAACAAGAUAUAGAUAUUGGUGAUAAUAAUGUGGCACAAACUAUGGAUGCUGUCACCGAAAUGGCGUCGUUAAACAACGGCGAUGAUGUUGCUGAUCGAGAAAAACAAGCUACGGCGUCAUUGCCGGACGACGAACGUUCAGUUGAAGCUGACGACGUCGACGUGGCAGUCGGAAGCUCUUCGUUUGGAAAGAAACGCGGCAGAAAGAGAAAAACGGUGACGGAAGCUGAAAUUCCUAAAACUGGAAAUGAGGUUCAACAAGUUAACAAGAAACUGAAAUGCAUGGAACAGAUUGUUCCUGAGUCGAUUGAAGAGUCCAAGUCCACAAUGUGCCAUCAAUGUCAGAGAAAUGAUAAGGGCAGGGUUGUCAGAUGCACAAAAUGCAAACGGAAAAGGUUUUGCAUACCCUGUUUAACUAAUUGGUAUCCUAAAUUGAAAGAGAGUGAUGUUGCCGAGGCAUGUCCUGUGUGCCGUGAUAAUUGCAAUUGCAAAGCAUGCUUGCGAUCUUUUACACUCAUCAAUGAAAUGAAGCAUAGGGCUAAAAGUAAAACCAACAAGGAUGAGGAGGUUGAGUUCUCUAAGUAUUUGUUGAAAGGACUUCUUCCAUAUUUAAGGCAGUUGGAUGAAGAACAGACGGUUGAGAAGGAAAGAGAAGCCAAGAUACAGGGGCUCUCACUCUCAAAGCUAAAAAUAAAAUCGGCUGAUUAUCCUAAAGAUGAGCGUGUGUACUGUGACAAUUGUAAAACAUCAAUAUAUGACUAUCACCGAACCUGUACAAAAUGCUCUUUUGACCUUUGCCUCCUCUGUUGCUGCGAGCUUCGUGGUGGGCAACUUCUAGGUGGUGCAGAUCCAAUUGAGCUAGAGUAUAUUUUUCGAGGUCGUGAUUAUGUACAUGGUGGAAAUGAAGAAAAACAGGUGGAAGGAAAUACAUCACAGGAUGAGGAUGAGUCUACGACUCGUGAGUGGUCAAGAUCUGGGUGGCAUUCAAAAGGUGAUGGUAACAUUCCCUGUCCAAAACUCAACAAUGAAUGUGAUCAUGGUUACCUUGAACUGAGAAGGAUACUUCCUCCAAAUUGCAUAUCUGAGUUAGUAUGUAAAGCAGAAGAACUUGCAAAAACAUUUAAGCUUCAAGAUGCAGAGGAGACUCUUAAUAAUGGGUGUUCCUGCUUGAAGCCUGUUAGGAAUGCCGAUGAUAUAAACAAUAACACAAGGAAAGCUGCUUUUCGUGAAGAUUCCGUUGACAACUUUUUAUAUUGUCCUAGAACUUUAGAUGUACAUCAUGAAGAUUUAAGACAUUUUCAGUACCAUUGGAGCAAAGGGGAGCCUGUAAUUGCCAGCAAUGUACUUGAAUGUUCAUUUGGUUUAAGUUGGGAACCACUAGUCAUGUGGCGUGCAUUCCGUCAAAUAACCAAUUCCAAGCACGAUGUACAUUUGGAUGUGAAGGCAGUUAAUUGCUUAGAUUGGUGUCAGGGAGAUAUUAAUAUCCACCAAUUCUUUACUGGGUACAUAAAUGGUCGAAAGGAUUGGCUUGAUUGGCCUCAAGUGUUGAAAUUAAAAGAUUGGCCUCCUUCCGAUUUAUUUCAGGAACUUUUACCUCGUCAUCAUGCUGAGUUCAUAUCGUCCUUGCCUUAUAAAGAAUAUACAGAUCCUUUUAAAGGUUCUCUCAACCUUGCUGUGAAGUUGCCGGAUUAUUGUGUAAUGCCAGACAUGGGGCCAAGAACAUAUAUUGCUUAUGGAUUUGCUCAGGAGUUUGGACGUGGUGAUUCUGUGACUAAGCUCCAUUGUGAUGCGUCUGAUGCAGUAAAUGUGUUGACUCAUAUCGCUAAAGUGGAACUAAAACCUGAGCAAAUUGCUGCUAUCAAGAAAUUGACACGUAGGCACCUUGAGCAAGAUAAGAGGGAGCUACAUGUUGAUGGGAAGGUGGUUGAGAUAUUUCAUCAACACUCUGGCACGAAUGAUGAUGACCUGUCUUGUAGGCCAGAACUCAAAGAGGUUGAGAAAGUAACAGUGAAACAAGAAAACAGUUCAUUUGCUGGAGAGGAUUCCUUGGACGGUGCUCUCUGGGAUAUUUUUCGCAGAGAGGAUGUACCCAAAUUACAGGAAUAUAUAAAGAAGCAUUUCAGAGAGUUCAGACAUAUCCAUUGCAGUCCUUUAAAGCAGAUUAUUCACCCAAUUCAUGAUCAAACCAUUUAUCUGACUAUGGAGCAUAAGAAGAAACUUAAGGAGGAGUAUGGAAUUGAGCCUUGGACUUUUAUUCAAAAGCUAGGAGAUGCUGUUUUCAUUCCUGCUGGUUUGCCUCACCAAGUCAGAAAUCUGAAGUCAUGCAUCAAGGUUGCACUUGAUUUUGUCUCUCCUGAACAUAUUGGCGAGUGCUUCCGUUUGACAGAGGAAUGUCGCAAGCUUCCGAUAAAUCACAAAUCAGCUGAGGACAAAUUUGAGGUGAAGAAAAUUGUCAUACAUGCUAUGCUUGAUGUGGUUGAAAAAUUAGAGAAAGCAAGGUUUGGGGAAACCAAGUCUCCUGUGUAAAUAUACUGCGGAGAGAUCGAAUCAAUUUGGGAAUGUAAUCUUGGGUUCUUUUGAUUCAAGUUUGUGAGACAUUGUACUAAUCAUACGUCUGAUUGUAUAUAUAGUAAUGAGAUGAAAUUCUAAGUCGCCCUUGUUACAGCAUGUUUUGCAAAAUGUGGGAGAUGUCAGUCUUAGUGAAGUUUUGACAAUUUUUCAAAAGUAAUACAAUUUUUUAAACCUUAUAAUAAUAAAGUCCAUCAUUGCCUAUAAA